AUGGGAAGUGUCUUUCGUUCGUUUACUGCAAAGAAUUCAAAAUCUGCAGUUUUUGUUUUCGUUUUCGCUGUUCUUUUUUCUGGAUUUUUGAUAUCAAUACACUACACUACGAGUCAAUUCUAUCAGAAUGGUCGGAGAAGUCUUGUUCGACAUCAAAACACAAAUUUUAAUAUAAAUCCAAAUUGUAAUUGUAAAUCGGAAAAAUCAGGAAGAGUCUAUGAUUUCUGUUAUACGGAUCCACAAAAUUAUUCUUCGGUCGGGAUGAAAUUUGAUUGUGUUCAUGUUGACACUCUGGAAAGAUUAGGAAUUCUGAACUAUCGCGAACCCCUUCCAACUGUCUCUGAACUGAUCAAAAACGAAGAGGAAAUCGUUUUUGUCUCGACAUCAUCCGACGAUCACUAUCAGCACAGUUCAAAGUCUUAUGAAAGCGUCCGGAAGUACUAUCCCAAUCACAAAUAUAUUCUAUACGGUCUUCAUAUGUCACCUGAUUACAUCAAACGACUCCCGAAGGAUACUAAUUUCGAAUUCCGACAAUUCAAUACUGCUCAAUAUCCGGAAUAUGUCAGUCAAUGGCUACAAUAUCGUUUCAAACCACUCAUUAUGGCUGAAGUUUCGAAAGAAUUUCCGAAUGUUUGGUGGAUAGAUGCACAUGUAGAAAUGAAACAACCAAAUGUCAUCAAGAGAUUUUUUGACGAAGUUGCGACUAACCGAUCUUCAGACGACUUUUUUUCAAUCACUUCGUUUCUGGAUACUGGUCAUAGUAAUUUUGCGACAUUAUUUCCAGGUUUGCUGAAAAUGACGGAGCAGGUGUGUGCUGGAAUAAUUCAUAUCCCAAGAACAGAACACACACUUCAAAUAUUCAAAUGGUACGUACUUUGUGCACUCGAUGAGGAAUGUAUGAAUCCACCUGGUGCUCAAAUAUAUUGCAAGUUCGGACCGAACCGAUACGAUUACUUCGCCAACUGCUUCCGAUUUGAUCAAUCUGUGUUGAACCUGUUGCUGCUCAAUCAGUUUCAGGAUCCUCAUAAAUAUUUGUCAGAGUUAGGAGAGAUGUUUGGUCGAAUGUAG